AAGGCAGCCUCCAGCAGCCUCUGCUCACUUCCCCCCCACCCCCGUCCUUUCCCUCUGUCCCUUUGUCCCUCCACCGUCCCUCCAUCAUGGGGUCCACCUCGGGUCCCAGGCUGCUGCUGCUGCUCCUGACCAGCCUCCCCCUAGCCCUGGGGGAUCCCAUUUACACCAUAAUCACCCCCAACGUCCUGCGUCUGGAGAGUGAGGAGAUGGUGGUGUUGGAGGCCCACGAAGGGCAAGGGGAUAUUCGGGUUUCGGUCACCGUCCAUGACUUCCCGGCCAAGAGACAGGUGCUGUCCAGCGAGACCACGACGCUGAACAACGCCAACAACUACCUGAGCACCGUCAACAUCAAGAUCCCGGCCAGCAAGGAGUUCAAAUCAGAGAAGGGGCACAAGUUCGUGACCGUUCAGGCGCUCUUUGGGAACGUCCAGGUGGAGAAGGUGGUGCUGGUCAGCCUUCAGAGCGGGUACCUCUUCAUCCAGACGGACAAGACUAUCUACACCCCAGGCUCCACGGUCCUCUAUCGGAUCUUCACCGUUGACCACAAGCUGCUGCCCGUGGGCCAGACCAUUGUCGUCACCAUUGAGACCCCUGAAGGCAUUGACAUCAAACGGGACUCCCUGUCAUCCCACAACCAGUUUGGCAUCUUGGCUUUGUCUUGGAACAUCCCAGAGCUGGUCAACAUGGGGCAGUGGAAGAUCCGAGCCCACUAUGAGGAUGCUCCCCAGCAAGUCUUCUCUGCUGAGUUUGAGGUGAAGGAAUAUGUGCUGCCCAGUUUUGAGGUCCAAGUGGAGCCUUCAGAGAAAUUCUACUACAUCGAUGACCCAAAUGGCCUAACUGUCAACAUCAUUGCCAGGUUCUUGUACGGGGAGAGUGUGGAUGGAACAGCUUUCGUCAUCUUUGGGGUCCAGGACGGUGACCAGAGGAUUUCAUUGUCUCAGUCCCUCACCCGUGUUCCGAUCAUUGAUGGGACGGGGGAAGCCACGCUGAGCCAAGGGGUCUUGCUGAAUGGAGUACAUUAUUCCAGUGUCAAUGACUUGGUGGGAAAAUCCAUAUAUGUAUCUGUCACUGUCAUUCUGAACUCAGGCAGCGACAUGGUGGAGGCAGAGCGCACCGGGAUCCCCAUCGUGACCUCCCCCUAUCAGAUCCACUUCACCAAGACCCCCAAGUUCUUCAAACCCGCCAUGCCCUUCGACCUCAUGGUGUAUGUGACGAACCCCGACGGCUCCCCUGCCCGCCACAUCCCGGUGGUGACUGAGGACUUCAAAGUGAGGUCCUUAACCCAGGAGGACGGUGUGGCCAAACUGAGCAUCAACACACCCGACAACCGGAAUUCCCUGCCCAUCACCGUACGCACUGAGAAGGACGGUAUCCCAGCUGCACGACAAGCGACCAAGACCAUGCACGUCCUACCCUACAACACCCAGGGUAACUCCAAGAACUACCUCCACCUCUCUGUGCCCCGCGUGGAGCUCAAGCCAGGGGAGAAUCUCAAUGUUAACUUCCACCUGCGCACGGACCCCGGCUACCAAGACAAGAUCCGAUACUUUACCUACCUGAUCAUGAACAAGGGCAAGCUGUUGAAGGUGGGACGCCAGCCGCGCGAGUCUGGCCAGGUCGUGGUGGUGCUGCCCUUGACCAUCACGACGGACUUCAUCCCUUCCUUCCGCCUGGUGGCUUAUUACACCCUGAUUGCUGCCAAUGGCCAGAGGGAGGUGGUGGCCGAUUCCGUAUGGGUGGAUGUCAAGGACUCAUGUGUGGGCACGCUGGUGGUAAAAGGUGGCGGGAAGCAAGACAAGCAGCAUCGGCCUGGGCAACAGAUGACCCUGGAGAUCCAGGGUGACCGAGGGGCCCGAGUGGGGCUGGUGGCCGUGGACAAGGGCGUGUUUGUGCUGAAUAAGAAAAACAAAUUGACCCAGCGUAAGAUCUGGGAUGUCGUGGAGAAGGCAGACAUUGGUUGCACACCAGGCAGUGGAAAGGACUUUGCCGGCGUCUUCACAGAUGCAGGGCUGGCCUUCAAGAGCAGCAAGGGCCUACAGACUCCCCAGAGGGCAGAUCUUGAGUGUCCGAAACCAGCCGCCCGCAAACGCCGUUCCGUGCAGCUCAUGGAGAAAAGGAUGGACAAACUGGGUCAGUACAGCAAGGAGCUGCGCAGAUGCUGUGAGCAUGGCAUGCGGGACAACCCCAUGAAGUUCUCGUGCCAGCGCCGGGCUCAGUUCAUCCAGCAUGGUGAUGCCUGCGUGAAGGCCUUCCUGGACUGCUGCGAAUACAUCGCAAAGCUGCGGCAGCAGCACAGCCGCAACAAGCCCCUGGGGCUGGCCAGGAGUGACCUGGAUGAAGAAAUAAUCCCAGAGGAAGACAUCAUUUCCAGAAGCCAGUUCCCCGAGAGCUGGCUGUGGACCAUUGAGGAGUUUAAAGAACCAGACAAAAAUGGAAUCUCCACCAAGACCAUGAAUGUGUUUUUAAAAGACUCCAUCACCACUUGGGAGAUUCUGGCUGUGAGCUUGUCGGACAAGAAAGGGAUCUGCGUGGCUGACCCCUAUGAGGUUGUGGUGAAGCAAGAUUUCUUCAUCGAUCUGCGUCUCCCCUACUCCGUUGUGCGCAAUGAGCAGGUGGAGAUCCGAGCUAUCCUCUAUAACUACAGGGAGGCAGAGGAUCUCAAGGUCAGGGUGGAACUGCUCUACAAUCCAGCUUUCUGCAGCCUGGCCACCGCCAAGAAGCGCCACCAACAGACUCUAACGGUCCCAGCCAAGUCCUCAGUGCCCGUGCCUUACAUCAUUGUGCCCUUGAAGACUGGCCUCCAGGAGGUGGAGGUCAAGGCCGCCGUCUACAACCACUUCAUCAGUGAUGGUGUCAAGAAGACCCUGAAGGUCGUGCCAGAAGGAAUGAGAGUCAACAAAACUGUGGUCACUCGCACACUGGAUCCAGAACAUAAGGGCCAACAGGGAGUGCAACGAGAGGAAAUCCCACCUGCGGAUCUCAGCGACCAAGUCCCAGACACGGAGUCAGAGACCAAGAUCCUCCUGCAAGGGACCCCGGUGGCCCAGAUGGUAGAGGAUGCCAUCGACGGGGACCGGCUGAAGCACCUCAUCCAAACCCCCUCCGGCUGUGGGGAGCAGAACAUGAUCGGCAUGACGCCCACAGUCAUCGCUGUGCACUACCUGGACAGCACCGAACAAUGGGAGAAGUUCGGCCUGGAGAAGAGGCAGGAAGCCUUGGAGCUCAUCAAGAAGGGGUACACCCAGCAACUGGCCUUCAGACAAAAGAACUCAGCCUUUGCCGCCUUCCAGGACCGGCUGUCCAGCACCUGGCUGACAGCCUAUGUGGUCAAGGUCUUCGCUAUGGCAGCCAACCUCAUCGCCAUCGACUCCCAGGUCCUCUGUGGGGCCGUCAAAUGGCUGAUCCUGGAGAAGCAGAAGCCUGAUGGAGUCUUCGAGGAGAAUGGGCCCGUGAUACACCAAGAAAUGAUUGGUGGCUUCAAGAACACUGAGGAGAAAGACGUGUCCCUGACAGCCUUUGUUCUCAUCGCGCUGCAGGAGGCUAAAGACAUCUGUGAACCACAGGUCAAUAGCCUGUUGCGCAGCAUCAAUAAGGCAAGAGACUUCCUCGCAGACUACUACCUAGAAUUAAAAAGACCAUAUACUGUGGCCAUUGCUGGUUAUGCCCUGGCUCUAUCUGACAAGCUGGAUGAGCCCUUCCUCAACAAACUUCUGAGCACAGCCAAAGAAAGGAACCGCUGGGAGGAACCUGGCCAGAAGCUCUACAAUGUGGAGGCCACAUCCUACGCCCUCUUGGCUCUGCUGGUAGUCAAAGACUUUGACUCUGUCCCUCCUAUUGUGCGCUGGCUCAAUGAGCAGAGAUACUACGGAGGUGGCUAUGGAUCUACCCAGGCCACUUUCAUGGUGUUCCAAGCCUUGGCCCAAUACCAGAAGGAUGUCCCUGAUCACAAGGAUCUGAACCUGGAUGUGUCCAUCCACCUGCCCAGCCGCAGCGCUCCAGUCAGGCAUCGUAUCCUCUGGGAAUCUGCUAGCCUUCUGCGGUCAGAAGAGACAAAAGAAAAUGAGAGAUUCACAUUAAUAGCUGAAGGGAAAGGGCAAGGCACCUUGUCGGUAAGAAACGAGGACCCAUACCUGCUGGACUCACUGCCUUUCCUAGACUCCUCUGCCCCCGAGGCACCCUUUCCUCCCCAAGUCAAGUGGGCUGACACCUUGUCUCCCUUCCCAUCUCACCAGGUGGUGACCAUGUACCACGCCAAGACCAAAGGCAAAACCACCUGCAAGAAGUUUGACCUCAAGGUUUCCAUACAUCCAGCCCCUGAACCAGUGAAGAAGCCUCAGGAAGCCAAGAGCUCCAUGGUCCUUGACAUCUGUACCAGGUACCUUGGAAACCAGGAUGCCACUAUGUCAAUCCUGGAUAUAUCCAUGAUGACUGGCUUCUCUCCUGAUACUGAAGACCUCAAACUGCUGAGCACUGGUGUGGACAGAUACAUCUCUAAGUAUGAGCUGAACAAAGCCCUCUCCAACAAAAACACCCUCAUCAUCUACCUGGACAAGAUCUCACACACCCUGGAGGACUGUAUAUCCUUCAAAGUUCACCAGUACUUUAAUGUGGGGCUUAUACAGCCUGGGUCAGUCAAGGUGUACUCCUAUUACAACCUGGAUGAGUCUUGCACCCGGUUCUACCACCCCGAGAAGGAGGACGGGAUGCUAAACAAACUCUGCCACAAAGAAAUGUGUCGCUGUGCUGAGGAGAACUGCUUCAUGCACCAUGACGAAGAGGAGGUCACCCUGGACGACCGGCUGGAAAGGGCCUGCGAGCCCGGCGUGGACUAUGUGUACAAGACCAGACUUCUCAAGAAGGAGCUGUCAGAUGACUUUGACGAUUACAUCAUGGUCAUCGAGCAGAUCAUCAAAUCAGGCUCCGAUGAAGUGCAGGUUGGACAGGAGCGCAGGUUCAUCAGCCACAUCAAAUGCAGAGAAGCCCUCAAACUAAAGGAGGGGGGACACUACCUUGUGUGGGGAGUCUCCUCCGACCUGUGGGGAGAGAAACCCAACAUCAGCUACAUCAUUGGGAAGGACACCUGGGUGGAGCUGUGGCCUGAUGGUGAUGUAUGCCAAGAUGAGGAGAACCAGAAACAGUGCCAGGACCUGGCCAACUUCUCUGAGAACAUGGUCGUCUUUGGUUGCCCCAACUGAUGCCACUCCCCCACAGUCUACCCAAUAAAGCUCCAGUUAUCUUUCACAUUUCCCCCCA